AUGUCCCUGUAUGACAAUAAAUAUUGGCUAUUAUCUCAUAUCCGGAAUUCUUUUAUAUCCACAGAUGACACAGGUAUGUGUGAGUUAAUAAUGGUUGGAGAAUCCAAAGAUGCAAAGCAACAUCUGAGAAGUGCAGAACCCUAUCCAGAACCAGAAGGCAGUGAAGAUGAAGAAGAUGAAUUUGAAUUAUUUGAUAUGCAUCAGGAUAUGGACUUCAGUAUCAGAGAGAGGUCAAACACAGCUGCACAGUUAGAGAAACUAGAGCAUGCCAGAAAAAAGACCUCAAAAAUGAAACAUGUCAAGUGGGAAACCAAGGACCCUGUGCAAGAAUUUGAAGAUAUAUUUGUGAAAAAGGAUAUUACUCAGUUGAAAGAUACCCAGAAGAGAACAUCUACUUUGGCAGCUUUAUUGCAAACACAUUCCAAUGUACCUAGAAAUCCAUUUAUUGAGUAUGCCAAAUUUGAUGGUAGUGGGCAAGUCAACAUACCCACUAAAAAGUACAAGAUUUAUUUAACAAUGUUGCCACAGGAACAAAGGAAUUAUCCAAUGCAAGUUUGCUGUGUUGCUUCUGCUAAAGUGCAGGAUCUCAUUGGACUGGUACUUCUCAAACACAGCUACAACCAUGGCAUAACGAACUUGAAAUCUCCCUCCCAGUACGGUUUGUAUAUAACUGAAGAGGAUGGUGAAGUGGACAGAGAUUUCCCCUGCUUGGAUGCCGGAGAGCCGAUCUCCAAAUUCGGUUUCACCAGUUUGGGGUUGGUCGAGCACAAAGAAGCGAAAGCUGUCAAUUUCCAGGAUGCAUCCAGGAACAGUUUAGUCAUGGAAGGACCGGGGAGGACAAGGACCAUUUCGGAUAAGAGCAAGGCAGAGGAGUCCAGGCAGAUGGAGAACGACCUUCAAGCGGUCGAGGACCACAACAAACAGAUGGAGGCGCCCUUGUACAGGGCGUUCAGGGCCGUUAUGGUGAGCAAAGUGAAGCCCAAAAUCGAGGUGACCAUUGGCAUCAGCGGCGAAAGGGUGGAGAUAGACCCCGUGCCUCAAAAGGGCUCCAAAUUGCUGCCCUUCAAGGCUAAGGCGAUCAGCCACCCUGUAGAUUCGAUCGCCAGCUGCGAAAUGAUCGAUACGAGGAGCAGCAGAACCGGUUUCAGGAUUGUUUAUUGUACGGCCGCUGGUGGAAAUGCUAGUGGCGACCCGGGAAUUUUGAACUCACCCAGUACAUCAUCAGCACAUAAAACGACGGCAUUCAAGCAUUAUUAUUUCGAAAGUGACUAUCCUACUGCUCUCGACAUAGUUCAAAAAAUAAAUUUGAUUCUAGAGCUGAAAUCCAGCGCAACGAGAAGCGAGUAUAUCGCAUCAAGAGAGAAGAAAAUGGUUAUUAAAAAAGUAUUCAACAUUGUAAAAUGA